AUGAAGCUUCUUCUUUACGCCGCCGUUACUUUUGCAGUAAGAUCAAACCCAGAGUGGACAGAUUGCGAUGACUGCUCUGCUAUAACCACUCCGUCCUCGUUGAAGGGUACUCUUACUUAUACUGGUCCCGUGGAACCUGGGACCACUCAAGCUCUGCGUGAGCCUGAUGUGGAAUCGAGUCCACCUUUCACUGUGCCUCCCAGUACUAUAAUACCCUCCCAGGAGCCCACUGAAUCUCCUGAGAGACCCGUUGAAUCCACCACUAAGACCAGUACGAAUGCCAUUGAGCCACCUACUGAAACAGCUUCUCCAUCUACUGAACCAACGUCCGAUCUGCCAGGAACACAGGUUACUACUCCACCCGCUGUAGAAAAUACGAGUGCUACAACCCCAAAACUCUCUGGUGAGCCUACCCAGGAGCCCAAUCCUACCAUUAGCUCUUGGUGCGUGAUAUCCACCUUCACAAGUGUCGUCCCACUGACUUCGUUAGAGGAAGUGGAGAAGUGCUCUCCGAAAGUGAUUGAGUCAACUGAGGUGCUGACCUUGUCUGCAACCUCUUACAUCACCAACACCAAGGUUGAAGUGAAGCCAUCCACUUUGACAGUUACUUCGCUGUUGCCUGCGAGAAAUGGCUUUGAUUUCACUAACGGCUCUUAUGUGUCAUUUACAGAGCACUGCAUCACCACAGAGUACACCAGUUACACCACGGGGCACACGGUAAUGAUCUCGUCCUGGCUUGAGACUGUCAUCAACACCAUCACUUCUUAUGUAUGCGAGAAAUCUGAACAAACGCAUACACUCACAGGCAGCUUCUCCACUGAGACUGGAUUGGUAGUACCUGUUACUUCACCUCCAGCUCAAGGAACGGUAAUCACCACUCCUGCUUCAAAAACUACUGCUCCAAGUGAAACCUCAGUUUCCACUGCUGCUCCAUACCCUACUGGUCAGUCUGGUCUCAUCAGUACCUCUGUUAUCCCUGGUACUCCAGUUGGCUCAAUUUGUGCUACUAGAACCGUCUACGUCACUAAAACACAAGCAUGUGCUUUUGUUCAGCCCUCGAAUGCUGCCAAUGGCUUGUCUCCCAGCUCUAUCAUGGAAGCCUUGGGCAUGCUUUUGAUCAUGGCUUUGUGA